AUGUCUUCCCAUUCCGACUCCCAGCAGCCUCAGUACUACAGCGUUUGCAAAUCAGGGCUUCCUGGUACGAAAGACUACAGAGUGUAUCUGCACGAAUCGGACAGAUUAGUCUCGCCAUGGCACGAUGUUCCUCUCUACCUGGAUCAGAAACAGGGACUGGUGAAUAUGAUUGUUGAGAUACCGAGGUGGAGCAACGUUAAAAUGGAGAUCACCAAAGAUGAAUUUCUCAAUCCAAUCCGGAUACCCGUGGAACUAUGGGGCUCUUCCUCAGACAUGGGAAGAUCCCAAUUGAAAGACUCCAACACUAGCAUCCCGGGAGACGGCGACCCCCUUGACGUCUGUGAACUCGCCGGCGACAUCGGCUUCACGGGCCAAGUCAAAGCAGUCAAAGUGCUCGGAGCAUUUGCCGUGAUUGAUGAAGGCGAGACAGAUUGGAAGAUUGUCGUCAUUGACAUGGAAAACCCAGCUGCAGAGCAAAUAAAUGAUAUCUCCCAAGUGGAAAGGCAGAUGCCGGGGUAUUUGGGGACGAUGAAGGAGUGGUUCAGGGUGUAUAAGGUUCCUGAUGGGAAGAAGAAGAAUGAUAUUGCGUUGAAUGGGGAGAUUAAAGGGAGAGAGUUCGCCUUGAAUCUGAUCGAACACUAUCACCGUAGUUGGAAAAGCAUCCAACCUGAACCAUCCGUGCACACGAAAGCUUCAAUGGAUGACAUCGGCCUCCGCGAGAACACGCUGGCAGGCCAACUGUACCACGAGCAGAAAGAGGACCUUCAUCAUAUCCAUAUUGACAAGGGGCUGGUUGAGAGCAUACAUACACAACUGCUGGUCUUGGCCACAGGUAGUGGCAAUGCCAACCACUUUAAUGACCAGGUCUCUGUCCCAUUAUAA